GACGUCAUCAUGAGUCAGUCGAAUUUCCUCAAAUCUAAUUUUUUGAUAUCACAAAAGUUUUCUUCCUGAACUUAGCUUUUUAUUAGCCCUCUUGUGAAUAUUUUGAGUGAUAAUGACUGUCAGAGCGCUGAACGAGGACUCUGAGUUCUUGACAGAGCUUCAAUGCUCUGGAACAAAACUAGUUGUUGUAGAUUUCACUGCCAGUUGGUGUGGUCCUUGUCAAAGAAUUGCCCCAAUUUUUGAAAAACUAGCCGCAAAAUAUGCAAGAGCUGUCUUUGUCAAAGUUGAUGUCGACAAAUGUCAAAACACAGCAGCCUCUCAAGGUGUUUCUGCAAUGCCUACAUUUAUCUUCUACAGGAACAAGGCAAAAAUCGACAGACUUCAAGGAGCUGAUCCAAAUGCUCUUGAGUCAAAAAUUCAACAAUACUAUGGUGAUGAUGGUGAUGAUGAAGAGGGUUCAGGCAUCCCUGGGCAUAUGGACUUGAGUACAUUCAUUCAAAAAGGACAGUGCGAAGCUCUAAACGAGUCUGAUGAUCACCCACUCGCUCACGCCUUGACAAAUGAUGAGCGUUAUUUGGAAUCUGACUGUGAUGAACAGCUUAUUUUAUCCUUCCAAUUCAUGCAAGCUGUGAAGUUGCAUUCCAUUAAAGUUAAAGCUCCCCAAGGCAAAGGACCAAAAGUUUUGAAACUCUUCAUUAACCAGCCAAAUGCAUUAGAUUUUGAUUCAGCUGCCAAAAAUGUAGCAGUCCAAGAAUUAGAGCUGUCUCCAGAAGAUCUUGACGGGCGUCCAGUCAAUCUUCGAUUUGUCAAAUUCCAAUCGGUCCAUAAUUUGUACAUCUUUGUUCUUAAUAAUCACGAAGGUGGUGAGGUUACACGAAUCGAUCACAUUAGUCUAAUUGGAUCUCCUGUUGCCACAAUGAACAUGGGAGACUUGAAACGUGUUUCAGGACAGAAGGGAGAAGCACACUUUUAAAAUGCUGUAAAUAUACAUUUUCAAUAUGUUUUCUAAUUUUUUAUAUCAUUUCUACUCUGUCUCGUGAAAUUUUUUGAGUAUUAUGGAGUCGCUUCAAAAUGAGAGCCCUCCCCUGUGCAUUUCAAAAUCUAAAGUAAUUAAUAGUCAUGGUUAGAUACACAUCUUUUGUUACGGUUUCAACUUAAGCCAGAAAAAAAUGUCCGUACUUGUUGAUUUUAAGUAUAAAAAGGAAUAAAAACGAUUUUGCCUUUUAUCCAAGCCACUUCAAUUUCUAAUUUAAGUGUCACUACAACCAUAGGUACCUCUUGCGCUGCCUCUUAUGUUGAUUAAUUUUAAGUUAUCAUUGGAAACUCAAUUGUUCUUUUUAAUUAAUACAAAAAACUGCUCCUCAUUCUAA